GGCUUUGAUAUGAUCUUUAUGGCAUCAAACAAAAAUGAGGUGGCCCCCAUCCACACUCAUUUGUUCAAUGAGACAAAUGGGUAAGCCUCACCCCUCUCCCACCCUCAUUUUCGGUCAAGAGAACCCAGGAAGAGCAAAGAACCACCCAACAUCCUUCCUCCAUUGUUGAAGAGAGCUCAUCAAAGAAGAAUCACCCAAAAAAGAGCUAAAGUGCUAAAAGUGUGAAAUAAUUAAGGAACUUGUGAAAGGUAUUUCAAGUGAUUUCACAAAGUUGGAAAAGUCGCCGGAGUUGUCGCCGGAGUUGACCGAAAGUCGCCGGAGUUUCACCGGAGUUCAACCAAGAAGGGUAGAACUUCAUAACGCUAAUUCAAGGUUGAAGCUAGGGCUUGCUACUUGCACCUUCUCACGGGUGGUAUCAAAUCAGGAAGACGUGGUUCGUGCUUCCUUAUUUUCUUUCAAACUACCGAACACUUGCUCAUGGAUAUUUGUUCUACUAUAAACUAUUUUUGGGGCUUGCAUGCCCAUGUUGUUGGCCGGUUGUGGCUUAUGACUUACCGUUGAAUAUUUCCGCUAUUCAAUGGUUUAAAUGUGAUGUUGUUAUGUAUGUUUACUACUGAGCAUGGAUGGAUUGUUUUCUCAAACGCCUUGUGUAAUUAAGUGAGGUUGACUCGCGGGUGACGUCACUUAAUUAUACGGCGGUUGUACACGCGCUUGGAUUGCGGUCUGGGGCGUGACAGUGCACCCACGCAAACAAGGUUUGCCGUCAUACAAUUCUUAGCACUUUAUCUAACGAAUUGUUUGAUGUUUAUUGCGCACACAAAAAGAGGCGAAGGAAAUUUGGAGUUCCAUGAUAGCUAAGUACACGGCUGAGGGCAUCGUCAAGCAGAAAUUUGUAAUAGGAAACUAUUACAAGUGGGAGAUGAAGGAGGACAGAGACAUCAAGGCGCAAAUUCACGAGUACCAGACGUGUUGGAGGACCUUAAGAGCGUCCAGAUAGAACUGCCGGAGCCAUUCGUUGUCGGGAUUCUAAUUGAAAAGUUGUUGGAGUCCUGGAGGGACUAUAGAUGAGAUCUCAAACACGACUUUGGGCUCAUGUCUUUCAAUGAUGUGAUUACUCACAUCAUCAUUGAAGACACAAACCGGAAGGAAAAUGUCACGAGUCGGAGACGGAGGACAAAGGGAUAUACAUCAAAUUGCAAACUUGGUGGAGACGGAGGACAAAGGGAGGUAUGGAAAUAAUCAUUCUAAUAAUAAGCCCAAUUACAAUAAAUAUAAACAAACCACAAAUUUUAAAAGAAAGGGUGAAUGUUAUGUUUGUGGGAAACCGGGGCACCAUGCUAGUAAGUGUCGAAAAAAGGCGUUUGUGAACAAUAAAAAACCACCCAAACCAAGUGCAAACUUUGUUGACGGUGAUGAAAUUAUAACUGUGGUUGUCCCACAAACGUGCCUGGUGGCGGAUGUGAAGGAGUGGGUUGUAGACUCGGGAGCUACUAGGCAUAUUUGCCAAGACAAAAAUGUGUUUUCCUCCUAUGCACCAAUAGGGGAUGAAGAGGAGUACGUACAUCUUGGGGAUUCUAGAACUACCCAUGUGCACGGAAAGGGAAAAGUUAAUAUCAAACUCACAUCCGGCAAGACAUUAUCACUCACCGACGUGCUUCAUGUGCCCGAGAUACGGACGAACUUAAUCUCCGUUUCACUCUUGGGAAGAGGUGGUGUCAACGCAUCUUUUGAAUCCGACAAGGUGGUUCUCACUAAAAACAAUAUAUUCAUUGGGAGAGGUUAUAGUAAUCAAGGGCUUUUCAUGUUGAAUGUGUCAGAGGUGUUAAAGUAAUUUGUUUUCUAGUUGUUGAUUAAUAAGUCGUGAGCUACAUUUGUUUUCUAUUUUAAUUGCUGAAUAAGUGUUGUAAGCAAUUUUUAUGAUAUUAGUAUGUACGUUUGAAUUUUUCGUUUGAAUAAAAUUGGAAUAUUUUUUAAUGGCUUGUCAUAGUUUUAUUCAUUCAUAUUAUUAUUAUAUUGCUGUGCGG